CACCAACAAAGAAGAACACUCAGGAAGUUAGCUAGCCCGGCAAACAAACCGGUGCUAGAGGGAAAAACCGGAUAAAAAGAAAAUAUGCGAAGGUGAAUAAGAGUUCGUGUUGCCUUUUUAAAGACGUUUAAUAGGCUGUUUAUUUCAAGACGCUGACUUUGACGCGGUGAUGUACAGUCAACAUAAAUAAAGGCCCCAUAUACAACCGGGCUCUCUGUCCGAUGAUUCAGCAGGAUGAUACCUAACUGACCUACCAUAGUGAACCUUAUUGGCAUGCCUCUCUGCCUCGCUGUUCGCCAAGAUCCAAGCAUGCCGCUCCAGUUUGUCUAUAGCAAGGAGGACUUUGUCAAAGGUGUGCGUCGGAGCAGCGGAAACAGCCUUGGGAUGGCAUCUCCGCCAACAAAGUUUGACAGAACCAUCCAAGCCGGCUGGACAGACAGGAUGAACAGGGGACUCUUUCGCUACCAUCUGGGUGAUUUACAAACACGCAUCCUGCCGGGCCUGUGUGGCUAUGUGGCCCAGCUGAAUGUUCAAAGAGGAAUAGAGAGAAGAAAGCCUCAGGAGAUACUGAGCAUUCAGCAGGAGUUCAGUGCCAAGCAGUUUAAUUUUAACAAAAUCAAUCCAGAAGAAAUAAUAUGUGAGAUGGUAAAGGACACUGAGGGGGUAAAUGAAAAGGGACAGCUGCAUCAACAAUGCAGGAUGGUUGUGCUGGUUAACGUCAGCCCUUUGGAGUUUGGGCAUUGUCUCUUUGUUCCAGAUCCCUCACGCUGUUUCCCACAGGUCCUUACGAGGUUCGCCAUCCAGGCUGGCAUUGAAUCUGUGCUCCUUAGUGCCGAUGCUGGCUUCCGUGUGGGGUUCAACAGUCUUGGAGCAUUUGCGUCUGUCAAUCAUUUGCACCUACAUGGGUAUUACCUGGACCAUGAGCUCAAGGUAGAAUCUAUGGCAGUCAAGCCGCUGAUUCCUGCAGAGGGGUUUUAUUGCUUAUUGGACUUUCCUGGUGGCUUUUUGUUUUACACAGAGUCAGAGUGGGUGGAGAAAGUUGCCAGAGCCAUCUGUAAAGUGACAGACUUUCUUGUGGAGUGUAACAUUGCUCACAACCUGUUCUUGACUAGAGGAUGUCCACCCUGUGAUCACAUGCAGAAAGAAGAGGAUCGCUGUUCAAGAAAAGGUGUUCGUAUCGUUUUGUGGCCCAGAGUAUCAUGCUUCGGGGCCAAGGAGGAGUCUGCCUUCAAUGUUGCUCUCUGUGAGCUGGCUGGACAUUUACCAUUUAAGAACAAGAAGGACUAUGAGCUUACAACUGAGAAAGACGUAAUAGAUAUCAUCCAGAGGUAUCUUUUGCCUGAUGCACAGUUUCACACGUUGGAACAACAGCUUAUUUCUCAUUUGAUGGAUUUAUAACGAAUCAACUAGAUUAGACACUACAACGUCUGAAAUAUGUGUUUUUGGUGACAUCAAGUGAUGUCAUUUCAUUUAGAAAAAUAUAUCUUCAUACUGGAUUAUUUUAGGAGCUAUGUUAUCUCCUUUUGUGGUGUACAAAAAUACCUUCCAACAUAAUUUAUCAAUGAUAAUAUAUUUAAUAGACUAAUGAAAGUGUUGUAUUAAAACUGGUUUCAAGUAAAUUGCCAAAAGUAUUUUAACCAUAAAUGUAAAGUUUAACUUUUGUGUGCCUUUUUGUCAAAGCAGGAGAAGCACAGGUGUACUUGAUAAUGUUAUUAAUGGCUGCAUUCUGGAGUCUUCCCUCUACCAACCUUAAACUAAACCUAAACAAACAAAUAAAGCCAAAAACAACAGGUCACAAACAACCUGCUGCAUCCAUGGCUAGAAGGUGGGCAAGAGGCAAAACAUCCCAAGCCCUCUUUACUGGCUCUUCCCUCAAUCAGACCAGAUGUGAUACAAGAAGAACAGAAGCCAUCGUGAGUCACAUGCACAUCAUAACCAGCAGUGGGAGAGUUUAACAGUUGCUUUCUGUAGUGUAUUCCAGAAAGCAGGUUUAAUAACUCUGACUCCAACCCUGAACUCUGAGUUGAUGAACCCAUUCUUGGUAAAUGACAAAAGUCAUCAUCAAUGGAGUGCUGAUUCUAUGAUUAACCACGGCAACAGAUAAAAAGCAGAGUCUCCAUUUUAAUCCAGUGGAUGUACAGAUAUUAAUGCAUGUAUAUGCAGGCUGUGCACAUUUAUCUCUAAAAGAAGAGAAGAAGAAGAGUCAGAAUGGGGAAAGGUGUGUCAAUAAGUUAACACAAAGUUUUAUUCAGUGUUGUCCAUUACUGCAUCAUUUACCAGACAUUUAAUAAAGUGGUGGAAUCUGACUAUAUAUUAGCCUGUAUAACAUUUUUAAAUAUAUUUGUUCAGCUUUUAUCUGACAGCAACUGAAGAUAAAAACAUUUUUAACUAUAUAUAUAUUGUAAACUCACAAUCUGAUAAAGUAAUGACAUGUUUGGUGAUUUACACUUGAAAAGACCUCGAGGUUAAAAUACAGCAGAUCUAAAAUUUUAGGCAUGUAUUUGGAUGGCUCAAAAGCUGUGAUUGGCCGCGCUGAUGGAACAGAAUUACUUACUAUUAGAUUAUAUGUUCAUUUGUGUGACCAGGAUUGUGGUGCAGCAGCAGAAUGUAGUUAGAAAGUAAAGGUUUUUUUUUAAUACUGCGUAUAGUCCUACAUGCAGCCUAUUUAAACUCACUUUAUAACUAGUUAUCCAUUGAUCUGUCUGUAAAGCUACAUACCUAUUUUUACAAUUUAAACUGAGAUCACACAAUAUGUACAAUAAACAUUUCACUGGAA